AAGAAGGGCGGGGCUGCCUAGCUUUUUAAGUGCCCGAUUUCCCCUAUCAGCCUUAAGGGAUCUUUUCCAAAAGUGUUUGUGAAGGACGUGAGAUGUGGCGGCUGGUGUGGUUGCUGGCGGGAGUGACCGCAAUCCCCCCGCACCAGGAGACGGCAAGGGUCGCCCGCUUCGUGGCCCACAUGUGUGACUGGGGCGCGCUGGCUACGAUCUCCACGCAGGAUCCUCCGAUGCGGGGCCAGCCCUUCGCCAAUGUCUUUUCCGUCAGCGAUGGGCCGGUGGGGAAAAGUAGUGGGGUCCCUUAUAUGUACCUGACGGAGCUGGAAAUCUCAGUGCACGACCUGAAGGUGAAUGCAAAUGCCUCCCUAACCAUGUCCUUGGCACAGACCUCUUAUUGCAAGAAGCACCGUUAUGAUCCGCAAGAUCCUCUAUGUGCCCAUGUGAUCUUCUAUGGCAUAGUUGAGAAGGUUCAGAAUGGUACAGAAGCUGAUUUUGCAAAGACAGCACUGUUCAGUAGACAUCCUGAAAUGGCAUUUUGGCCUAUAGGGCAUAACUGGUUUUUUGCCAAACUGAACAUCAUCAACAUUUGGCUUCUAGACUUCUUUGGUGGAAUAAAAACUGUGGCCCCAAGAGACUAUUUUAACGCUACACCCUAGGCUUAACGUUUUUUGGAUGUAACCGAACAUCUCUCCUUCCACUAAUCAGUUCCAUAACAAGAAGAUAAGGACUCUAUGGGAACUGCAAAACUCUAAAUCUGCAUAUUCAUUUGAAAUUCUGAUGGACUGUUUAUGCGGUAUGCACUUUUUGUGAUGGAACACCCCACCACCAAGCUUUUAAAAGUCUGAAAUUCGUGCCAAGAAAUCUAAUUCUAUGAACACAUUUUUUAGGAUAUGCAAAUCGAUGCAGCCUGCAUAAUUCAUUUUGCCUUUAAGACUCAGAUUUUUACAGAGAGUUAAUUAUUUUUCAGCAAGUCUAUAAAAAUAAAAAUUCAGUUGGGGCAAGAAGAAUAUAAUUAUAAAACAGAAGUAAAGGAAAAUUUGGGAGAAGAAAAAGGGAGGUAAAUAAUUGUAAACUUAACUUUGGUGUGACCAAAUAUUAUCAUAUAUUCAUCUGCCCUUUAGAACUUUCUAAAUAGCAUCUUGGAUUCAGUCCUUACUCACCUGUUGGAUGAUUUUAUUGUUGGAAUCAGCUGUGUAAAUAAUUGUACACCAUGAUUUGAUUUGAUUGUAUAUUAUGUAUUACCUUUAUUCUCCAACCAGAAUUUCAUGGUUAAAUGGGUGGUUAAAAUAAUUUAUUAAAUAAAUAAAAGUAAUGAAAUGUGUCAAUAAGUCAGUGACAUGUGUUCAGAAAAAUGAAGGCUAAAAAGAUGUGACUGUGGCAACUCUGCAAAAUUUCUUCAAUCGCCUACAAGAGCAGCAGAAAGGGUAAUGAAAUAUGAACAUUUUUUUAAAAAAAUUGCUACGUAAUCUAUCAUCUUUGUAUUAGUGUGCUAUGCCUAGUAGAACAUGUUUGUUUUUUAAUGGCUAUGUGCUGAUCUAUGACCAUAAUAAAGAUUUCUUUGAUUUUAUAUAUGAUAUGAUAUGAAUGGCUUAGCCUAGGUGAAAAAAUUCCUCUAUUCAUCCAUAUUUCUAUGUUACUGUUAAAAAUAGAACUUUCUAGUCCCUUAAAACUGGAUAUAUUUAUAUAUAUAUGUGUGUGUGUGUGUGUGUGUGUGUGUGUUUUCUGAGGUUUUCGUGGGUGUUUGUAUGUAGGUCUUUGGUUAUUCGGGUUUUCUUCCGCAUAAAAUUGGAAGUGUCUUGGCGACGUUUUGACGAAGUCUCAUUCGUCAUCUUCAGGCUGGUAUUUUCAGCUUCAUGCUUCUAGGAGCAUUGCCAACCACCUAGGUUUUAAAAUCAUGGUUAAUGCCCUUAUCUGAUUUGUAAGCCCAGGCACUGGGGCCUAUUCAACAAACCAUAGCUUUGUUUGACGACUUUAGCCAUUUAGUAUAAGUGACUUUCAUCUAUGUGUAUUAUUUUUUAGUUCUCCAAAUUCUGAAUACUGAUUAUAUUUUACCAAUUUUGGAUAGUUAUUUUAAAAUUAAAUUAUUGUUGUUGUAUCCAGAAUGUAACAUAGUGGCAGAAUUUGAAGGAAUGCAAGCUAGUAAUGAAUUCUUCUUUGUUGAAGAGAAAGGAGCUAUUGUGAUUCCGCUUCUUCUCUAGAAGCCAUUAUUGGAUGCAAUGGGAUUGGACAAUUUUUGUUCGGUCUUCAACCUUAUCUGCUGUCCAACUUCCCAGAGUCACUGAGAGUUAGACAUCUUUCUAUACAAAUGUAGUAGAUUACACUUAUUAUUAUCAUCAUCCUUCCCUUUUUUAGGGAAAUUGUAGAGAAGGUAGUAGUUUGCAGUCCCAAAGGCCUUGGAGGAAACAGAUGAUCUUUGAACCUUUCCAGUUUGUUUUAGGCUGUGUUAUAGCAUCAAGGGAUUGAUAGCACAUAGGGAUUAAUGUGGAUGACCUCUGGUGGGCUAUGUUUGUGGCUGGUAUCUUCAUCUUAACCCCUUUUAAUUUCUUGUUGACUUUAAAUACUAUUCAGUUAGGAAUGGAAGCCCUCUUCUUUGGUGGUUUUCUUCUUUCUUCCAAGCCUGGUUUAGCCUCAGGGAUGUGUGUUGCGGUGUGGGGCAGGGAAGACUUAAGCUUCCCCUUUGUUGUUGUCAUAGGGAAAAUAAUGUUUGAAUGAAAUUCUGUAUAUAUCUUUUUCAUGAAUAAUAUCCAGAUAUGAAUAUAUGUGCAGUCUUUAAUACUAUGCAUAAAUGGAACACACAUUCUGUCUCUAUAGAAGUGCAUUGCUUGCUUCUUAUAAAUGGCGUUCGCUGUUCAUAGAUCCACAUGGGUCCUACCACGUCCGUCUUCAAGCACUCUUUAAAAAACUAGCUUUUCCCCAGAUUUUAGAUUAUUUGGGCUCUGGGAAUUAUGAGAAAUGUGCAUGGUAAGUUUUGCUCCUUGAAUGAAUAAUCUUUUUAAUGCUGGAAUAUUUACUUUAAAACAAAUUUUCACAAAGUUGACUGAGAAAUAUAAAUACUUGAAUAAGGUCUGAGGUUGCCAAGUUAUAAUGAAAAAUGAAUAUAAUAAAACUCACAAAAAUUAAUAUAAACCCAAAAUUUGUCUUUUGUUUGUAAAUGUGUUUCUAAAACAAAUUUAUACUUUUUUUUUAAUUGAAAAAGUUUUAACAAACAAAAACAUUUUACCCCCUUUUCCCCCCCCUUCCCCCCACAAAAAAAAAACCCCUUUUUCCCUCCCUUCCCCCCUCCCUUCACCACCACCCCGGCUUCCCGGGUCAAUCACAAGGUAUUGUUAUACAUAAACCAAACAUAGAGUAAAAUUUUCCCUUCUAAUCCAAUUAACCUCAUCCAAAUCUUUUCAUUUCCUAACCCCCCCAUUAUAUAAAAUAAUACAUCCUAAUUAUUCAAAGGCAAUCUGAUAUCUCUUAAUCUGAUAUCUAUUUUGUAAAUAAUCAAUCCAUUUAUUCCAUUCAGUUAAAUAUCUUUCCUGCGUAUUGUCUUUCAGAAAGGCUGAGAUUUUAGCCAUCUCAGCCAAGUUAGUAACUUUCAAUAUCCAUUCUUCUAUUGUAGAGAACUCUUUUUUCUUCCAAUAUUGUACAAUCAACAGCCUUGCUGCUGUUAUUAAGUUCAAAAUCAAUUUAAUCUUAGUCACUGUACAAUCCGUUAUAAUUCCCAAAAGGAAAAAUUGUGGCAGGAACUUUAUCUUCUUCUUCAGGACAUUUUGAAUAAUCCACCAUAUUCUUAUCCAAAAGGCCUUCAUUUUCUUACAAGUCCACCAAAUAUGAUAAUAUGUAGCGUCAUCACAGUCACAUCUCCAACAUUUCACUUGGAUAUCAGGAUACAUACAUGAUAAUUUUUUGGGAUCUAAGUGCCAUCUAUAAAACAUCUUAUAAAAAUUUUCCCUUAGAUUCUGUGCUUGUGUAAAUUUAACAUUUCUAACCCAGAUUUUCUCCCAUAUUUCCAACAUUAUUGAUUCCUGAAUAUUCUGUGCCCAUUUUAUCAUACAAUCCUUUACCAAAUCCUUUUCCGAAUCUAUUUCAAGCAACACAUUGUACAAUCUCUUUAUAUGCUCCUGGGUCUGAUUUCUAAUUUGCGUUAUUAAAUUUUCCUCCCUUUGCAUUAUACCAAUUUUUUGAUCUUCUUUCCACCUAGCACUUAGUUGUCCAUAUUGAAACCAAGUAUAAUUCCUCCCUUCUUUAUUUAAUACCUGUAAUGAUUUUAAUUGCAAGCUACCUCCUUCAGCAUACAAAAGUUCUUUAUAAGUAAUCAUUUCCUGUUUCUGUUCUAUAUUUAUAUUCUCUAUUGCAUGUCUGGGGCUCACCCAUAUAGGAAUCUUAUAGUCUAGUUUAUAGGAAUAUUUUUUCCAGACCCGCAAAAGAGCACUUCUCAACACAUGACUCUUAAAAGCCCUAUCCACUUUUUUUUCAUAAAAUAAAUACGCAUGCCAUCCAUAUAAUAAGUCAUAACCUUCUAUAUUCAAAAUUCUUUCCUCCGUUAAAUUAAACCAAUCACUUAUUACUGAAAGGGCUACUGCUUCAUAAUAUAGUUUAAAAUUAGGCAUUUUUAAGCCUCCUCUUUCCCGUGAGUCCUGAAUUAUUUUCAUUUUAACCCUCGCCUUUUUACCUUGCCAUAUAAAUUUAUUAAUCCCAAUCUGCCAUUCCUCCAAAUUUUUAUCUUUCUUGAUUAUUGGUAUCAUCUGGAACAGAAACAGAAAUCUAGGUAACACAUUCAUUUUGAUAGCCGCUAUCCUCCCCAAUAACGAUAGUUGCAGUUUUUUCCAAGCAUUCAUGUCUUUCUGAACUUUUUGCCAUAACAACUCAUAAUUAUUCUUAUACAGUUUCCUGUUCGAUGAGCUAAUAUAAACCCCUAAGUAUUUAAUCUUUUUUACCACCUCAAAUCCUGUUAUUUCCUCUAAUUUUUGUUUCUGUUGUUUUAGACAUAUUUUUGAUUAUCACUUUUGUUUUAUUCUGAUUUAUUUUAAAUCCUGAUAAAUACUUUUCCGUAUUUAUCAAUUGUAAAUUUAUACUUUGUUUUAUUCCCAUAAUUUGUUGUUGUUAGUUGCAGUCGUGUCCGACCCAUCGCAACCCCAUGGACAACGUUCUUCCAGGCCUUCCUGUCCCCUACCAUCCUCUGGAGUCCAUUUAAGCUCACGCCUACUGCUUCAGUGACUCCAUCCAGCCACCUUGUUCUCUGUCAUCCCAUUCUUCUUUUGCACUCAAUCUCACCAUUAGGCUCUUCUCCAGUAAGUCCUUCCUUCUCAUUAGGUGGCCAAAGUAUUUGACUUUCAUCUUCAGGAUCUGGCCUUCUAAAGAGCAGUCAGGGUUGAUCUUCUCUAGGACUGACCAGUUUGAUUGCCUUGCAGUCCAAGAGAGUCGCAGGAGUCUUCUCCAGCACCAGAGUUCAAAGGCCUCAAUUCUUAGACACUCAGCCUUUCUUAUGGUCCAACUUUCAUAGCCAUACAUUGCAACUGGGAAAACCAUAGCCUUGACUAUACGCACUUUUGUUGGCAGGGUGAGGUCUCUGCUUUUUAGUAUGCUGAAUUCACAUAAUUAACAGUUGUAAUCUUUACAGAGAGUAAAAAAGGCUUAUUGGUAGCUGCCUUUGUUAUAUUGUUACCACUUUGGAUGAGAUAUAUUUGGAAAUACAUUUAAUUUAUAUUAACAGCUUUUCCUACCUUUUUGAGAAACAAAAGUGACUUACAGAUUUUUUUACUAUGCUAAAGUGCAUACUUUUCAUUACAUAUGAAAAAUCUAUUUUAUAUAAUUAUUGCAUUGUUAAAUAAUAUGAAAAUAACUAUUCCUGGAAUAAAUUUGAAUUUUUUGUUUGUUAUACUUAAUGUAUAAUAAAGUGAAGUGGAUGGAAAAUUUUAGAAGUGUGAAUCAUCUGCAAAAAAUAAAGUUACUUUGCACUAUG